AUGGCCCUCUGGAUCUGGACAUUUUAUAUUGUACUAUUUACCAGUUCUACAAAGGGGCAAAUAUGCGGUAAAGUUUGUCAGGUUGGAGAGGUGCUGUGUGAUGCUUUUCUGGGGGAUUGCGGCAAAUGCGUCCCGCAGAAAGAGAGUAGUAUACGAUGUAUCGAUCGAAAAUAUGUUUCGCUAUGCUCUGAACCAGGGACCGUGAAGUGUACGACGACCGAAAAUUGUGUAUUUGAAAAAUGGCUAGCGGACGGGCAGAAUGAUUGCGGUGAUGGAAGUGAUGAGGAACCUUGCGCUUCCGGAAUCCUAAAGUGCAAUUCUGAAACCAGCAAAGCUACAACAACUACAAUCACAGAACCUCCUACUACAGCUUAUGUUUCUAAUACGAAAAAUGUAACAACCCGACAACCUCAAACUACAGUACCCAACCUUGGCUCAGAUAUAGACAAACCAUGCCCACCUGGCCAUUUCCAAUGCAGUAAUGGAGACUGUAUCAAAUUCGCAAAAAUUCUCGAUGGCAACAAUGAUUGCAAAGACAAAAUGGAUGAAAUCUAUUGUACCGUCGAAGACGAUGGCUGCCCGUCAAACAAGCCAUGCUCUUUUCAGCCUGAUGUCGCAUCAUUCGGG